AUGAGCCAGGUGGCUCUCCUAAAUGAUGAUGAUGGUGAUGAUGAUGAUGAUGAUGAUGAUGAUGAUGAUGAUGAAGAUGAAAAUGAUUGUGUUAACGAUGGCGAUAAUGAUGGUGAAAAUGAUGACGGUUAUAAAAAUAAUGAUGACGAUUUCGAUAAUAAUGGUAUUGAUACUAAUGACGGUGAUAAAGAUAAAGAUGGUGAUGGGGAUAAUGAGAGAGGUCAUAAUCACAAAGGCGAUGAUGAUGAUGGUGAUAAAGAUAACGAUGACGAUGAUAAUGAUAGUAAUAAUGAUGACACAAUGUUCCUACUUCACCUGAUCGUUUCUAUGGUUAUGACGGCUGUGGUCCUGCUGGAGGCUUCCACGCUCCGCACAAGUCAGCUGGUUGAGGAACUCUUGGACGCCGAGCAGAUGGGAAGCGCAAUUAGCCAGAUGGUAAAGACACAUAUUCCUCUUUGCUAUCUCGUCUUCCUGAGCACACAACCCAACUUGCCCAUACUCUCAAUUGUUAGAAGGUAA